AUGGAUAGUGGAAGUGACUAUUCUUCAUCUUAUGAAUUUGUUGCUUCUGAUCUUUCAAAGGAAUCGAAUAACCUCAGCUUACCUUCCCCUGCUGGCUAUGAAGUAGAAAGCAAUCUUGAAUUGUUGAGUUUGAAUCGACUGAGUGACAGCCUUGAAAGGCUUUUGCUUGAGGAUGGUUAUGACCACAGUGAUGCAGUGAUAGAAGUUGAGGGAACCCCUGUGGGUGUCAAUCGCUGUAUUUUGGCUGCACGGAGUCCAUUUUUCCACGAGCUAUUUAAGAAUGGGAAUGGCAAUUCUGUUAAGGAAAGUAAGCCGAAAUAUCUCAUGUCAGAAUUGGUGCCUCAUUACAAUAUUGGACUUGAAGCAUUCAAGGUUCUCUUAACUUACUUAUAUACUGCAAAGCUUAAGCCAUCUCCACCUGAGGUUUCAACAUGUGUUGAUGAAUCUUGUACUCACGAUGCUUGCCCCCCCGCUAUUAAUUAUGCUGUGGAACUGAUGUAUGGUUCUGCAACCUUUCAGAUUAAAGAACUUGUUAUGCUUGUUCAGCGCCGUCUUAUUGACUUCGUUGAUAAAGCUUUUUCUGAAGAUGUCAUUCCAAUUCUUGCUGUAGCCUUUCACUGCCAAUUAAAGCAACUUCUGUCAUACUGUGUCCAUACAUUAGUGCACUCGGAUUUAGACAAAGUUGUUCUUGAGAAGGAGCUUCCUCCUGAAGUUCUAAGUGAAAUUCUCUCACUUCGCGAUGAAUCUCAGAAAGCUGAUGACCAUGAUCUGGUGAGUGUGGACCCAUUGAAUGAAAAGAGAAUUGGAAGGAUUCACAAGGCAUUAGACUCUAAUGAUGUUGAAUUGGUGAAGUUACUUCUGGAGGAAUCUAGCAUCACACUUGAUGCUGCUCAUGCUCUUCAUUAUGCUGCUUCCUAUUGUAAUUCUAAGGUUGUUAAUGAAUUGCUCUACUUAGGUAAAGCUGAUGUCAACCUUAGGAAUUUUCGAGGGUACACUGUGCUCCAUGUAGCCGCCCGGCGUAAGGAUCCAUCAGUAAUAGUGGGGCUGCUGAACGAGGGUGCGUCAGUAUCAGAUACUACAAUUGAUGGACAGACGGCUGUUAAAAUAUGCCGGAGGCUAACCCGGCCAAAGGACUAUAACGAGGCAACGAAGGAAGGCGACGAAACUAAUAAAGAUAGGUUAUGUAUUGAUGUGCUGGAGAGAGAGAUGCUUGGAAAUCCACUGGCUGGGAACGUGUCUAUGUCGUCAAUGAUGGUGCCUGAUGAUCUUCACAUGAAUCUGUUGCUUUUUGAAAAUAGAGUGGCAAUGGCACGAGCCCUGUUUCCUCUAGAAGCCAGACUAGCCAUGCAGGUAGCACAUGCAGAUUCUACCUCAGAGUUUGCUGGCAUUUCAGCAUCCAAAGGCGCACAUGGGGAUUUCCGGGAGGUGGAUUUAAAUGAAAUACCAUCUGAGCAAGUCAAAAGGCUUCAGUUGAGGCUGCAAUCGCUGCAAAAAACUGUGGAGACAGCUAGACGCUUCUUUCCCAACUGCACAAUAGUUCUGGAUAAGCUCGUGGAGGAUGAUACUAUAGGUACUCUGUUAUUGGAGAAGGGCACUCCAGAGGAACAGAGGAUGAAAAGAACGCGCUACAUGGAACUCAAGGAAGAUGUGAUGAGGGCAUUCAACAAAGACAUAGCUGAAAAUAACUGGACAAGCUUAUCAUCGUCUUCCUCUUGCUCGUCUUCUCCAAGGAUUGGUAAAAUUCACAAGGUUAGAAAAAAGUUUGCUAUUAAGCAAUCUUUUUAA